AUGUCCAUGCACAGGGACGUGGUGUCGCCCGGGUUGCACAUCGUGAUCGUCUUCUUGCCCUUCAUCGAGCACCUCCUGCGGAGAAGCAACGCAAACAGGGGCCCGACGUGCCGCUUGAGCAAGGACUCGGAGAGGGCCGACUUGGUCUACACGAGGCUGGCCCUGGACGAGCCCCCGAAGCCGUUGAUCUGCAAGUGCAAGUCAGCGUACGAGUCCCUGACCAUGGUCGCGAACAAGGUGUCGGAGGCUUUGAUGAGCGCGAGCAUCGACGUCACUGACCUGAUCUCGCACAAGGGCACCAACGUGUAUAAGUCCGCCGGCAUGAAGGUGUACGUCUUCUGCUACACCAGCGGGUACAUAAUCACGCAGACAGACCUCAACCUGGGGGUGAUCCACUACUCAGUGGCGUUGAUCGAGGGGCCGAUCUAUGAGCUCACAGACAUGCCCGACCUCCUGGUCCCGGAGCUGAUGAGGAACGGGAUGCUGGUCUACAUCGACACCCUGGCCGUGGACGGGAUCGCGCUCCCGAAGCCGAGGGAGUGCAUGCCGAUGCCCGGGACCAGGAACGUUAGGCCGCCCAUGAUCAUUAGGAGGUCGUGGAAGUCGGUCGAGCAGAUGCCCCCGAACCCGUGCAUGUCCAUGGAGUCGGACGGGAUCGUCUGCGUGACCAAGUCGAGGACCCUGCGCCUCAAGGUCCCCACGAUCGACUUGCUGUACAGGAACGGGAGGGUGUACGCUAGCGAGACCGGGAAGCUCAUCCCGAUUGCGGAGGGGCAUGAGUCCAUGCCCAAGGACGUAAUUUACGAGUUGACCGUGACCAGGGGCCGCGACCCGAACAUCACCGUGUUGUCGAACCCGACCAUGAGGCUAAUGAAGAAGAGGCCCAACAACACGGACAUCGUCAGGAGGGCGUUCACGAGCAUCAUCAGGGACUCCAGCGUGAGCACGAUCCUAGACGACGUCGCAAGCAUGUCGUUCAAGAUGAGGAAGAGGACCUGCGAGAUGGCGCAGACCCACGCGUCCAUGGGCAGACACAUGAUCGUGUCAUUCGGCGCGGGCAGGCUCGAGGAGAUCAACGAGAUGAUGCUUGACAACUUCUCCUACAUCGCGAUCGACCCCAACAUCGACAUCAAGAGGUUGAAGAAGUCGAGGAACUUGAAGAGGUUGGUGCCAUACGACGUGAACAGGAGCAUGUCAAAGUAG